AAGUUAACUAUUUUUUUGUAAGAAGUAAUUGAUAAAGCCUUUGAAAUGAUGGGAAGGUGCUAAACCUGCUUGAUGAUGGUGGUGUAUCAGUCGCUCCUUCCUUAUUCGUCGCCGUCAUGUCCAUCAACCGGGCUGGUCUGGACAUCCUCAGACUUCAACCUUCCAAAUAACGACGACCCCAUGCUUCAACUGACUGCAUCGGGAUUUAUAACUGUUUACUAUGAUCGUGAAGACCAUUCAUCGUGACCAUCACCAUGCGCCACACCAAAGAUUUACAUGUUUUCAUGCGGGGUUCCUCUCAUACGCGUCGGCAUCUAGCAUCUAACUUAUCUUGACACAGAAAUGACUGCCUAGGUAAUGCGCUCUCUGUCUUUUGAAACUGCCGAGAUCAGAAUACACCAAGCUCAAACAUCCCGUUGGACCGCAAUAAACACUGCCCUCUGGCGGCUUAUCGGAUCUCAGUCAGCUUAUAGAACAUAUUGAUUCUGUUCCCGACAAACAUGUCCGUGAGUGGUCGGUUAUGCGGCCGUGGCGUCGUGCUUCAGGGAUACUUAUCUGAGACGUCUCAUGUUGUGGCUCCUGCUUCACCACCGUCAACGGAGAGCAGGCCCGGCAAAACAACCGCGAAUAUUAAUCAGGGGGCCCAACCCAGAGAUUGUUCAGUUGUUGAUACUUGACUGAAUUUGCGACUUUCGACAUCGUUACCCUCCGGCAGGGAACUGUACCUCUCGUUUGCCUGCAAUCGGCAUCUAACUCUUGCAUAUCAGAAGCAAGCCGAUAAUAUACAGUCUCUGGAAGACUCGUUUUCAUUUAUUAUUAAUAUACACUCUCUGAGAAUUCAAAGCGCUCAUUAGCAUCGGUCAUCAGCAAUACCAUUCAUUUUACGCCGUCAAAGUUCAAAGUCCAGUACAAGUCGAUCAUAUACAAUCAACCAUGAAAGUGGACACGGUCCUCCUUAGCUAUGCUGGCGCAAAUUUUCUCUACAUGGCUGGCGGCAUUAUGCUGUUGGUGGGGUCUUUACUGUUCAGCCAGACAAUAAAUUCUACCCCAACCUUGGACAGCGCACCUGCAAUUGUGUUACUCGAAAUGGUGCCCGAGAAAGUGGCCUUGGUCAAUGCUAUAUUCGUCUUUGCUACCUUCGUCCUAGUUCUACCUACUAUGAUCUUGCGGACCAGUCGGAUAUGGCUCAAACUUCAAGGAUGGAUGGUCAUAGUCUCCGGACUCUUCACACUCGUCAUUGGUUUAAUCAUCUGGAUUGAGACUCUCAGAACUCGCGCUACGUUGAAUACCUCGUGGGGUAAACAGACACCUGAAGUCCAGAGCUUGUUGCAGCAAAGAUUCGACUGCUGUGGCUACUACAAUAGCACUUCUCCGCCUUUCGUCACCGACGCAACCUGCAGCACACCUCUGAUCGCAGCAGAAAAGCAGGGAUGCGUGGGACCCUUCUCCAGCUUCGUCAACAGCACUCUAGAUGCUAUAUUCACUGGUAUCUUUGGCAUUGUCGCAUUCGAUAUGAUCCUCCUGAUUUCCGUGGCCGUCGUAUCCAAAGACCGCAAGGAAAAGGAACGAUACCGAUUGAUUGAUGCCAAGAUUGGAGUGGGAGCUAUCUAGUCAAAAUCUCUUGUUUCAUUUAUAGUUAUAUUGUAUUGAUUUCUUACUCAGUGCUGGAAACUUGAGUUAUAUUUGAGAUCGAUGAACACGGAUCGUUUCCAAGGGCUACGUGCUCUUGCUAUUACUUGUAAUAACUACGCUUUCUUCAGUUCACCACAUCAUCAUAACGCAUUACUAUAAGUCUAUU